CCCGGCCCCGGGGAGGGCCAGGCUGGCGCAGGCGCAGAGACGGACGCAGCCUGUUCUGCUCCUGCACCCUCUACCUAGGGAAAAACAACCCUGCAGGAAGAUGGGAGCCCAACACCCCGGCUCUGACACAGCCCUGGCCUCUGCCUUCCUCAUCCUGUGCCUUCAGGCUGCACCUGUUGCCUCUUCUACAGGGCAUUUUGAGGUGAUAACGCCCAAUCCAACUGUCUCCAUCCUGCUGGGGAAGGAGGCCUUGCUGGUGUGUCAGCUCUUACCUGCACGCAACGCUGAGGCCAUGGAGAUACGAUGGACCCAGAUCCGGGAUGACAAGGAGAAACUCAUUUACCAGAAAGGCAGGAACGAGAUUCAGGGUGAGGCAUAUCGGGGCCAAACGCACCUCCUCACGAGUGCCAUGCAGCGUGGGACUGUGAGUCUGCUGAUCGGAAACGUAACCCUGGCUGACCAAGGGAAAUAUGGCUGUGACUUCCAGUCUCCGGACUUCUUCAACAGUGCUGAGCAGGAACUCCAAGUGACCAGCUCUGGCUCAGAUCCCCACCUAAACCUCACUAGGGAUGGAAAUGGAGGUAUCCAAGUCACAUGUCUCUCUGCUGGGUGGUACCCAAAGCCCCGACUGUUCUGGACAAACAGCAGAGGGGAGACCCUGCGCCCCGACUCUGAAGAAGAAGAUGAUAAUGAUGGUGGCCUCUUCAACCUCUCCAGCUCCCUGGUGGUGAUGGAAGGCUCUGACCCAGUGCUGAGCUGCACAGUCAGACCCAGCACCCGCAGCGUAGACAGCAUGUCAUCCGUUCUUAUCACUGACACGCUGUUCCCAAGACCCAACCACUGGCGGACUGGCCUCAUUGUGUUCCUGCUGAUUUUGUGUUGCCCUGUCAUUGUGUUUGCUGUUUACUUAUGGAGGAUUCACAAAGCAAAAGGUGCUGUGUACUCUGAACUAGGGAAAAUCAAGAAGAAACUGGAUUCAAAACCAGUAUUUGACAAAGCAGUGCCACAGCUUGGUGCCGGAGAGGAUCUACUGAGCUGCCCCUUCCCAGAGCCGGAGCAGAGCCUGCUGGAUGCUUGUCCCCUCUGGCUGUGUGGGCAAGCAGCGCUGGCUGCCCGGGGGCCCAACUGGAUGGGGAGCUGUUGCCUUCUCUGGGAUGCUGUUGCCGUCACCAUCUGCCUCCUGUGUGUUCAGACAUCUGCUUCAGAUUCUGGCUCAGACCCCCUCCUCCACAUCAUGAUUGAUGACAGUGGGGGCAUCCGGGUCACAUGUCUCUCUGCUGGGUGGUACCCAGAGCCCCAGCUGCUCUGGACAAACAGCCGUGGGGAGACCCUGAGCCCUGACUCACAAGAGAAAGACAGCAGCGAUCGUGGCCUCUUCAACCUCUCCAGCUCUGUGGUGUUGACGAAGAGCUCUGACCCUGUGCUGAGCUGCACUGUCAGGCCCAGUGCUCCUGGCCUAGAGAAAAAGACAAGCAUUAGUAUCACAGGCCUCUUCCCGCAGUCACCUCCUGAGAAGGCAGUCCUGUGGGUCCUGCUGACAGUGGCUCUCCUCUUCUCUCUCCUCGGGGCUUACCUCUUCCGACGAUUUCGUAAAGAGCACGAGGAGGCAUCUAAGGAGCUGGAGGAGGCAUCUAAGGAGCUGGAGGAGGCAUCUAAGGAGCUGGAGUGGAGGCAGUUCCUUAAAACAGCAUCCUUGUCAGCAGCAGAGGUGACUCUGAAUGAGGACACAGCAUACCCCUAUCUCAUCCUGUCCAAGGAUCGGAGAAGUGUGACUCAUUGGGCCAUCUGGCAAGAUGUCCCCCAAACCACCAAGAGAUUCAGCUGCUUGCCUGGUGUCCUGGCCUCCAAGAGCUUCACAUCUGGGAAGUGGUACUGGGAUGUAGAGGUGGGGAGCUGGGACAGCUGGGCCAUUGGGAUGGCCAAGGAGUCUGUAGAGAGGAUGGGUGAGUUCCUGCUGUUCCCUGACAUGGGGGUCUGGGCUCUGCAGUGCAUGGAAGGGCAGUGGGAGGCUCUCACCAUCCCCCGAACCUGCCUGUGCCUGGAGAAAAAACCAAGGAAGAUCAGAGUUCAGGUGGACUGUGAACAUCACAGUGUGUCCUUUUAUGAGGCUGAGGACUUGGCCCACAUCUUCACCUUCUCAGGUUGCUCCUGGAAGUUGGAGCCGGUCUCCCCUUUCUUUGCACUCUGGACCAUAGGGACAGAGCUCAGAAUACUCAGAACACUCAGAGGGCCCAGGGCAGAAUACUCACAAUGCCUGGAAACAGAAGAGAGCCCUUGUGUCAUCUUUGACCCAGACGUAGAUGACGAUGAGUCUGUCCCACUGUCUUUUGGCUAAUUGUGGGGCAGAGUAAGGACAUAAUGGGCAGAGGUAAGGGUGUUUUGCCUGGUAAUUACUUGCUUACAGUGUCAGACUAAAGGUUACUGGGCAAAGGAGAAAAGCCAUAGACACUAGGCUGUGAAUACCCUCACAUAUACAUUCAUGGGCAGGAUGGCAGCUAGCACAGCAAGGGACCAUGUUUGAUCUGGUCCCUUUUAUGGCUGUUAAAACCUGUCCUGUGAGUUUGUAUUCAGCAUUAAGCAGACAGGGUUCUUUGGGCAAAUCUGAUAUGUCCUCAGACCAACAUGGCUACAACCUAUACCUCUAUUCAGCAUUAAAGCAUCUGUAUUAUAUACUUGUUAAUGAGAGAAUUGAACUCAUCAUUAAAACGUUCCUAACUAUA